CGCCGCCCCCCGCCCCCCUUCCCCCUUCCCCGCCGCGGGCCCCACUCCGCGGCCUCCGCCCGCCCGGGCCUCCUCCCGCUUCCCCUUCUCCGGAGCCUCCGGAGGAGCCGGCGGGAAGAUGGCGGCGGCGGCGGGCGACGGCCGCGGCGAGGGGGGCGCGGGCCUGGGCGGCGCGCAGGGGCUGGAACCCGGGACCGGCGGGGCGCGCGAACUCGCCGGGGACCCCGCGCCCGCGCCGGCGGGGCUGCACCCGGAGGAGGUCGCGGCGCGGCUGCAGCGGAUGCGCCGGGAGCUGAGCAACCGCAGGAAGAUCCUGGUGAAAAACCUGCCCCCGGACAGCAGCUGCCAGGAAGUUCAUGACUUAUUACAAGACUAUGAGUUAAAGUAUUGUUAUGUGGACCGAAAUAAACGAACAGCUUUUGUCACCUUAUUGAAUGGGGAGCAAGCCCAGAAUGCAAUUCGGACAUUUCAUCAAUAUUCCUUUCGAGGAAAAGAUUUAAUAGUUCAGCUCCAGCCAACAGAUGCUUUGCUGUGUAUUACCAACUUGCCCACUUCUUUUACCUUAGAAGACUUUGAAGAACUUGUGCGUGCUUAUGGCAAUAUCGAGAGGUGUUUUCUGGUCUACAGUGAAGUUACGGGGCAUUCCAAAGGCUAUGGAUUUGUGGAGUACAUGAAAAAGGACUUUGCUGCCAAAGCCAGGUUGGAGCUGUUGGGGAAACAGUUGGGUGCAGCUGCUCUGUUUGCACAGUGGAUGGAUGUUAACUUACUGACUGCAGACCUCAUUCAUUCCAAGUGCCUUUGUAUAGACAAACUCCCUACUGACUACAGGGAUUCAGAUGAAUUGUGGCAGUUCUUUUCCAGUAUCCAUAAGCCUGUGUUUUGCCAGCUCGCACAGGAUGAAGGUAGCUACGUUGGCGGUUUUGCGGUGGUCGAGUACCCCACUGCAGAGAACACUGAGGAAGUGCAGCGAGCAGCGGACGGCAUGGCCAUCAGGGGAAACAGAGUCCAGGUUUCUUUCUGUGCCCCUGGAGCCUCGGGCCGAAGCACACUGGCCGCACUCAUUGCAGCUCGACGUGUGAUGCACAGUAAUCAAAAGGGCUUACUUCCAGAACCAAAUCCUAUGCAAAUCAUGAAAAGCUUAAACAACCCAGCCAUGCUACAAGUUCUUCUCCAGCCCCAGCUCUGCAGGCGAGCUGUCAAACCAGUGCUCAGCUCUCACUUUUAUUCUCUUGAAGCAGUCUUCGGAGCACACCACAGCCUGCCACGUCUCCUGAAUCCAGCCAUCUCCUCCGCAUUCUUCCAUUUGAGUAAAGCACCUCAGAGCUCACUGAUGAGUAAUGCACCUAACUUACUCCUCCAGAAUCUUGCUCACUUACAACAAGUAAUGAAAUCUGAGAAUUUCCACACUAAUAAUAAACCAGGCUUGCUUGGAGAAGCUCCAGCUAUAGUACUUCAGACCGCGGUAGGCCUCGGGUCCACUCUCCCAUUGAAAGCAGAGUUGGGCCAUCAUGGAGAAGCACACAAAACAUCUAAUCUGAUUCCGACCCAAAACACAAUAACAGCUAGAGUGGGCAUGUUACCAUUCUUUCCAAAUCAGCAUAUUGCUGGACAAGCUGGGCCCGGACAUGCUAAUACUCAGGAGAAGCAGCCAGCCUCAGUGGGAAUGGCAGAAGCAAAUUUCUCAGGGUCACAGACUUAUCUUCAGAACUUUCCAAACUUUCCUGUUGGAGGCUUACUGGCAGGACACCUUAAGCAACAGCAAAGUCAGCCAAAAGGCACAGAUAUAAGUUCAGGGGCUGCCGCUAGAAAUCAGACUUCACUUUUGGGAGAACCACCAAAAGAAAUUCGCCUCAGUAAAAACCCAUACUUGAACCUGGCAAGCGUGUUGCCCAGUGUCUGCUUAUCAUCCUCUGCAAAUAAAACCACUCUACAAAAGACUGGACUUGGAAACGACAUUCUGGAGGCAGUCUCUCAGGGAAUUAAAUCGCAACAGACAUUGGAAAAGUGCAUUGCUUAUUCUCAACCUUUCGGUGACUAUGCACAGGUGUCAUCUUUAAGAAAUGAAAAACGAAGCUCAUCGUAUCUUGUCUCUACCCCAGAAGCUGGUUCAGUGGAAUUUGUGGACCAGCAUUCUCAGAGCACGGGAACAUAUUACAUGGAAACCUACUUCAAAAAGAAGCGAGUAUACUGAGUUCAGUUCUCUCCUCCUAACUUCCCAUGGUUCUCUGCAGUAUUUCUGCUGUUCGUCGCUGCCUUAAGUGCAUUCAGACUAGCCAUAUCCUUUACAUACGGGUUUAUAACUUCCCAGAAGGAACUGUGCUGUGCAGCAGGCAGAACUGCCAAAUAAGUAAAUCAGUCAAUAGCAAUAAGACAUCAGUUGAGGAUAUUUCUCGCUAGAAUUAGAUGCAUCUUAAUGUAUAUUAACUUACAGUCCAUUGGAAAGCUUAACAGUGUUCCAGUAUUUGUUUUUGGAGUUUGACACCAUAUAUAAAAAGUUUGAAGCAAUAAAUGGGAAGCGGUUUUGUUUCCUAAGCCUUAGAAGUGAAUUUCUUAAAAGCCAAUGUGCAUUGCAAUUUUUAGAACUUUGCCUAGAGAUACGAGAGUGCGAGUCCACAAGUGGUGAUUGUAAAGAUGCUUGGUAGGCGAACCGAGUUAGCCCCGCAGAUGUUUGUUUACUGUUUACCGUCUGUAUCUUUUGUGAAAAACACGGGGUAUUUUCAGAAAAGCACCUUUGGAGCCAUGAUUGUAGGGUGGAUGACAAGCAGUCCUCUAGGGGUUAAAUGAAGUCACCUGUCUUUAUACUCCCUGUAAGCUAGGAAUGUUGUUUACAUUUUUAAACGAUUAUUGAAGGAGAAAAGAACUUCUUCUUCUUUAAGACCUAGUAAUGAUAGAGAAAUCCAAAUUUGUGUCCAUCCAUAAAAUUCUACUGGGACACAUUCAUUUACACAUGGCUACUUUUGUGCUGCGGUGGCAGAGAAGUUUGAAGUUUUUUUUUUUUUUGCCUCCACGGUUAUCGCUAGGGCUUGGCGCCAGCACUACAAAUCCACUGCUCCUCGAGGCCAUUUUCCCCAUUUUGUUGUGCUUGUUAUUGGAUAGGGCAGAGAGAAAUGGAGAGAGGAGGGGAAGACAGAAAGGGGGAGAGAAAGACAGACACCUGCAGACCUGCUUCACCACCUGUGAAGUGACGGCCCCCCCCCGGAAGGUGGGGAGCUGGGGGCCCGAAAUGGGAUCCUUAUGCUGGUCUUUGUGCUUCGCGCCAUGUGCGCUUAACCUGUUUUGCUACCGCCCAGCCCCCAGUCUGGUCUUUUAUAAGGUCUGUUGAACUUAUAAAUCCUCUCACAAUUUAGUAUUCAUACCUCACUCUUUCUUUUGUAGUGUUAGGCUGAAGAAGUAUUAGCUAUGUAGCCUAAAUUACUCUCCAAAUAAUGGUUCACUGAUUUAGCUUCUGAUGACCAAGAUAUUAAAUGCAUGAGACUCCACCAUUUAGAAAUUUCUAUAUAUGUGCCUUGUUCUAAGACUAACAGGUUUAGGUGUCUCAGUGAUCCUGGUCUUUAUGAAAUUAUUUUAUGUGGUGGACUUACGUUUGACUAUGAUACUUGUUUUAAGUUAAAAACUGGUACCUAUACUGUACGGCUUGUCAAGGGUUUUACUUGGUCUAAUUUAACUUCUAUUAGAAAAUGACAGCUAAGAUCAUCUCAAAACGGAUCUACCUAUAAGUAACUGAUCAAGAUUGGCAUCAUUCAGUUAUGAUUCAGCAGAUAAGCCAUGGACUUUUUUCCCCCUCCAUGUUUCUGCCUUUCUCCUUAUUUCUCUGUUACACUAUCUCCAAUUGUUGACUGGCUACGGAAGAAGGGCAAACGCUAGAAGAAGAAAAAGAACUAUCUCCAAUGCUUAGUCCCAUCUCUCCGACAGACGGGUGAAAGAUGACGGAUUGGAAUGCGUGCCCCGUUAUCAGUGGGUGUAAAAGAGAUCAGGUGGUGUGAGUAUGGACUCUGCCACGCGUAGAUGUUAUUUUUCUAUGCGAAUGAACUGUCCAGAAUGCUUUGACAAUGAAAUCUGAAUAUUAAAAGGCGUAUGCACGGGGGAAGGGUCCAGUCGAUUUAUUUGUAUCAAGAGUACAAAGUGCAUACAGGGUGGCCACAGGCUUGACACAGACAGACAUUGGUGCUGGACUAAGAUUACUGAACAAAUCUGAACUUGACACAAGUUUAUCUUUGCUACUGAAUCAACAGAACUUCUGAAGGCUUGAAAGGGAACAAUAUCAAAACAAAGGUUAUGCUAGACAGCAUCCACCAUGAAAUGGUGUUUAUAGACUCUUGGUCACAAAGAACCUUAGGGUUCACAUUGAAUCAGAUCAUUCAUUUUGAUUGCCCGGCAACCUCCCAAGCCGACAGACAACUUGUCUAGUGGAUCCUGAAUUCCACAGUGCCUCUAGCUGGGUCUUUCAAGUUUCACAUCAUAGGGUGAUGGUUAAAAUAGUCAUCUGCUCUUGGGAGGGUGGUGAAUACUGAAACUCUU